UCCUGGGCGCCGGGCUGGCCGGGCUGGUCCUGCGGCCGCCGCGGAGUCUCGGUCGCUCGCGCUGCCCACCGCGGCUCCGGCGGCUCCAGGCGUGGUUCGCCAGCCCGCGCUGCUCCCGGACCCCCGGCUAGGGCGCCUCCGGCCGCGGCGCAGCUCCCCCGCCGGCCGGGCACCUGCGCGGCGCGGCUCAUGCCCCCGGGCGCGGGGCGCACAGGCCGGUCGGCCGCCGCUGGAAGAUAGGCCCCCGGGGGCGGCGGUGGCGGGGCCAUGGCGCGGAGACCCGGGGCGCCGGCAGCCUCCGGGGAGGAGUUCUCCUUCGUCAGCCCGCUGGUGAAAUACCUGCUCUUCUUCUUCAACAUGCUCUUCUGGACUUCCACCAUCCUAACCGAAUUCCCCUCUUCUGCCUGGGAAGCACUUUUGGAUGAGAUGAUGGUCAGCCCACACCCUUUGCGAGUAGAGUGCAUGCUCUGGCCAGCUUCUGGAGUUGCCGUACGGCAGUGGUGUUUGUGUCUAUGCCUGGAACCCACUAGAAGGUGAUUUCCAUGGUGAUGGUGGCUGUGGGUGUCUAUGCUCGGCUGACGAAGCAUGCAGAAGCAGCCCUAGCCUGCCUGGCGGUAGACCCUGCCAUCCUGCUGAUUGUGGUGGGUGUCCUCAUGUUCCUGCUCACCUUCUGUGGCUGCAUUGGGUCCCUCCGUGAGAACAUCUGCCUCCUGCAGACGUUCUCCCUCUGCCUCACCGCCGUGUUCCUGCUGCAGCUGGCCGCUGGGAUCCUGGGCUUCGUCUUCUCAGACAAGGCUCGAGGGAAAGUGAGUGAGAUCAUCAACAAUGCCAUUGUGCACUACCGAGAUGACUUGGAUCUGCAGAACCUCAUUGAUUUUGGCCAGAAAAAGUUUAGCUGCUGUGGAGGGAUUUCCUACAAGGACUGGUCCCAGAACAUGUAUUUCAACUGCUCGGAAGACAACCCCAGCCGAGAGCGCUGCUCUGUGCCUUAUUCCUGUUGCUUGCCUACCCCUGACCAGGCAGUGAUCAACACUAUGUGUGGCCAAGGUAUGCAGGCCUUUAACUACGUGGAAGCUAGCAAAGUCAUCUACACCAAUGGCUGUAUUGACAAGUUGGUCAACUGGAUACACAGCAACCUUUUCUUACUUGGUGGUGUGGCUCUAGGCCUGGCCAUCCCCCAGCUGGUGGGAAUUCUGCUGUCCCAGAUCCUAGUGAAUCAGAUCAAAGAUCAGAUCAAGCUACAGCUCUAUAACCAGCAGCACCGAGCUGACCCGUGGUACUGACAAUCCAUCCAGCACCUCCUCACCAUGGCAACCGGCAAGCUUCAUCAACCAACAGCAGCGGGUGCUGAGAACAGCCCCAAAUGGAGACUUGGAUUCCAGCCCCCCAGUGAUAGCCCAGUGGGAAGAUGGAAACUCCAGAUGGGCAGAAGGCAGGGUGCACAGGUGGCUCCGGUCUCGGGAGGAUGGGCCUCCUCUCCCCCGUCCUCUCCCUCAGCACUGUGCGAGAGUUAUACUCUUAAGUGUUUGGGUUUAUGUUUUCAGUUUUGUUUGGGAAACAGCAGCUGCACAGAGUUGGGAGUCCUGCUGCUGCCUUUUCACCAGGCAACACCAUCAGCGCUGCUCCUGAGCUUGGUGGACAGACUUAGAUCUUAACGUGCCAGUGAGACCUGGCUGUGGAGAGUUGCACUAGCAGCCCUGCCUGGAGUCCACCUGGCAUGAUACCAGCUCCAGAAGAGAAGGGAGUGAAGCAGGCAGUGGGGAACCUACCUGGGGUCGACUGGGGACAGCCCUAACUGCUAGGUAGGCGUGGAGGGGGAUAUGUUUACCAAAUGCCUGCCCUGCCAUCCUCCCAGGUAGUCAGAGUGAGCUACAUCCUGCCCCGCCUUCAUUACCAUGGAAACGUGGCAGCAAGGGCACGGGGGACUACUGCAGCCAAAUUCUUCCCCACCCCACCCCCUUCGAAAAAAAAUGUGGACCCCUGGUCCCUGUACUCUGCAGUCAGAAGUGGGACUGAGCCAUGCGUGCCCUUGAGUUCCUCCCUGUCUGGCCCUCCGUCUCCAGCAAGCGGGGUUUUCUUUAACUUGGCAGGGUGCAGAGAAGUGGUAACACUCCCACCCCAUUCCCCUGCACCGGAGCUCAGUAUUCCUACAGGGUAAGAGGCAGGAAUCUUGCUGGGACGCGGGGGGAGCCUGAAGUGGCAAUAAAAGCGUGUUGACCUGGGCUA